GUGGUAAGAUUUAGGCAAGAAAAAAAAAAGUUGCGUUAGUACGACCAUCUAGUGAGUACAUUUCUAAACUCUUUUUGCUAUGCAUUGCCUCCGAGAUUGCAUAUAAUACUAGCGUUUGAUCUCGGAGGCCGUAUCGUAUUUUAUGCACCCGGCAUAUCCGCAGCGCGUGUUUCGCAUGUCGUCGUGCGAGGUGUGCGCAUGUGGCGCGGCGGUUUAUUGAAGCGCAUUUCACCAUUGACCGGCAUCCUUGCGAGAACGCCGCGAAGCACCAGUGCGUUUAAUAACGGGGCAUCGCAGAGCUCCUGUUGCGAUGCAGAUCGACAGCAUAGCUGCUGUACUAGAGCAGCUUCUGUCACCCGUGGGCAUCGAAACAUACCCUUUCAAGAUUUCGUGGUACAACGAAUGCGUGCCGGACGUGUUCAAGUUCCCGUACCACCCGGACACAGUGUGUUUCGUGGCGAUCAGCACACCGUCGACGUUUGAGAAGGCGUUCUUGCCUUUCAUCCUGGACAACCGGAACUCUUCGCUGAAGGACCCGUACGAUCAGUGCAUGAGUGCAUGCUUCGCCAGAGUCAAGCAGGCUUUUCCUGGUGAUGUGCUGGAGGUGAUUCAAGACUUUGAACUGCACCUCAACCGGCGACCAAAGGUCAUCAUGCAGACUGCCGGUCACGUUGCUGGUGCUGUCCACUACUACAGCUGUAGGGGCAUGCAGUUUGACGAGGAACUACCACCAAAAAAGAGGCUCCUUGGGGUCAGCAUUCACCCACGGUAUGGCGGGUGGUUUGCAUUCCGGGCCGUGUUUAUUUUCCGCAAUGUCACCGCACCCGAGCUCCAACGGAGGCAGCCGGUGGAUGUUGUUUGUUCCGACGACCAGCGGACAAACCUUGUGCGCCUCUUCAACUUCUCGUGGCGUGAUGGACGCUAUCGUGACAUCAUCGAUGUCGAGGAGCGCUACUCUGCAAAGCAGCAGGAAUACUUCAACACGCUACCUGGCCAGAGGUGGCAGCUCAUUGAGAAGUGGAGGCAAGAGGCAAGCUCUUGUGGGCAGCUCAACGGGUGCUGUUGAUGACUGAUGCCGCUGUUAGCAGGGGAAAAUUCUCGCCCGCAUUCCUCAGGAAAACUGCGUAAAAAAGAAGCUACUGCAAUGAAAGCUGCACGUUGGAAAAGAACAAGGAAAUCGAUUGCAUUUUGCAAAAUUUCGAUAUGCGACACACAAAAAAAAGGGAUCUGAGUGAGCUGGUUUAUCUCGCUGGCAACGUUGGUGCGGCGUAAAAGACAAAAGACAGAAGGAGUAUGUGGUAAAACAGGUGCUUACAGGAAAAGUAAGGCCUUGGACCAAAAGUUUUUUUAACAUCUUUACUCUUUGAGAUAUGGUGCUGAAAAUUUGUGCUACAUAUUCUUAAUGCUAUCUACUUAAUUUGAAUAUGGGGUCAGUUUUUCUUUAUCUUCUUGAGGUUAUAAUUUUAUGCAAGUUUAUUUAAUUUUCUGCAAAUAUUUACAAAUUAUCAGUUUCUCAGAUUUCACUAAACAGGGAAUCUUCUGAAUGAUUCAAGAAAUGCCGUUAAGAGCAACUUUAUUGCUCUGCCUACCCUAGAACAAGAGUUGCGAAAGUUUGAAGAUGAGCUUUAUGAGAACACUUUCUUGAUUUUGAACUUCAAAAUCUAAUAUAUAUGUGUGUGUGUUGCAUACAUGCAUAAUACGUAUUACAUACUGCAUGUUGUAGUAGAGGUUUUCAGCACCAUUCCUUGAAGAUGGAAGGCUUUUCCAAAUGUUUGGUUCAAGGCCCGACUCCCCCUUUCUGUGCCACUUUCCAACAACCGUUUGCACUUUCUUGUGCAUCUUUGUCCUUUGCGCUGCAUUGACAUCACCAGCAAGUUAUGCUUGAGCGAUUACCUUCAGGCUAAUGCUCCUGUAGGUCAAGUUGACUUUGUGAUGAUCUUAUUGUGAUCUUCAGGAUAUUGAUCCGGUCGUCAUUGUGGCAUGGCCAACACCAAGUGGUUUUGUUGACAGACACAUGUACCAAUACUUGCCUGCCACUUAAAUUUUUCCACGUUGUUGCAGAGCUGUUGUCUUGUGUAAACGCACAGGUGUAAUGGCUGCUCUUAUUUAUAUAUAUUUAUUUUCACCAUCAUAUCGGUGAUGAGGGCAAUGAGUUGUGAUAUUGAGCUAAUAAUAAGUCCACAAAUAGAUUUAACAUUUUUUAGGUUGUAGUUGUAUUUUGCUGAAUUGCUUUGCACGAUGUGAAAAAAAAAGGAAGAAAACUGUGUACAUCUGGUGUCAGUGCAAAAUUUGGGGCACUCAGAGACAGUGAUGUUGUUUCUGUGAAUUAUGUCAGUAUAUAACAAAUGCAUGGCUAUUGAAAUCUCAUGGCUGUUUAGUACACAACAAAAUUCUACAAGUAGGCAACCCUGUAAAAUGUUUACCUAGGUGCGUGUGCAUACUGAACAGUAGCUCUUGAAUUGCAGCAAGAUGGUGCUUUACUCUGGGAGUUCCCAUGUGAAUAUAUAGGAACACGGAAAUCGUAUUGCUCAGUAUAGGCUGCACCGAAGUCAGAGAGGAUUGUUGCAUUUAAAAAAAAUAAAGAUUAAAAUCUAAA